GAGCUUGGCCUGGUGAUCACUGGAACGCUGCCUGUCUUCAACAAAACCGGCAUAGGCUCAAAGAAGCCUCAAAACCAGCUUAUCUUGGGGGUUAUGGCGAUAGAUGUGUCCCUGGAUGAUAUCAGGAGACUGACUCCUCAGUACACUUUUGGUCCAAAUGGCUACUACUUUGCCAUCGAUCCAAAUGGAUACGUGUUGCUUCAUCCUAAUCUGAACCCACAGACCGCCAAGUUUCAUGAACCUGUAACACUGGAUUUCCUAGAUGCAGAGAUCGAGGAUGACAUCAAAGUGCAGAUAAGAAAGCAAAUGAUUCAAGGUGAAACAGGAAGUGCGACUAUAUCUACACUGCUGAAAUCAACAGAUAAGCGUUACAUCGAUCGAGGUCAGAGGAUGUACACCUUUGCGCCGGUGAAGGGGACUGACUACAGCCUGGCCCUAGUCCUGCCCGAGUACAGCAUGCAUUACAUCCGUGCAACAAUUGGCGACACAAUCACCCAGGCUAAAUCGUUUUUGGGCAAGUAUUCUCCUCCUGUUUUUUGCCUCACAGCCCCUGUAUUCUUUGUAUUCUCUUAUCACCGGCAGACUUUGGAUGUAACGUCUUUUCCUUUGGUUCACUCUGUCUGAUGCGGCGGACUCACAAAGACGGAAGCAUUUUGUUCUAA